GAAACCCAUUUCAUCAUCAGCAGCAUGUCUUGGAAGGCAAGAAGCUAUCAGUAUUGCUGCCAUCCUUGGCAUCCCAUGUACACUAAAAGAAAAAAUCUGCAAUAUGUUGAUUCUGGGUGAUGAAGAUGGGGGGACAGCUUGGCCUGUCAUUGAGGGUAAUGACAACAGACUUGAGGACUGCACUUCAUUUGACGUGAUCAUUGAUGGGUUGGCUGUCAGCAGCUCCACUUGUCUCCUGACAUCGGUGAAAGUGUAUUUAGCCAGCUUUUAUGUUUUCAAUUUGGCUUAUCCCACAUGCCUCAGGAAAACUUUGUCUUUUUUCCAGAAAAUUGUCCUGAACAUCCAAGACAAUAUUCCUCUCGACCGCAGUGUUAUAUCUUGCCUGGACAAACUUAAUAGGUACAUUUGACUGUGACCAUUUUUCUUGGUUAAAGCAAUGUGUUACUAACAUAAACCAAGUAACUGCAUUUGACUCAGUAGUUCCUCUUGAUCAAAGCAUUGUGUCUUACUAGAUAAACAAGUUACAUGUACAUAUACUGCAUUUGACUCAGUAUGUUCCCCUCGAUCAGAUCAUUGUGUGUUUAUACUAAAGUAAACCAAGUUAAGCUGCAUUUGACUCAUCAGUAUUUUUCCUCUUGAUAAACGCAUUAUGUCUUACUAUGAACAAGUUUUACUGCAUUUGACUUAGUAUGUUCCUCUCAAAGUAUUGUGUCUUACUAAAAUAAACCAAGUUAAACUGCAUUUCACUUAAUUAGCAUGUUCCUCUUGAUCAAAGCAUUAUGUCUUGUUAAGAUAAACUGAAUAUUCUUCUUAAAGGUACAUUACAGGAUUGAUAAGGAUCACUCAAAUACUUUAAUUGUUGAAUUUCUGUUUGAAAGCUUAAUGGUUAUGAAGUUAGUACUAGGACUGUGAAAUGUUUCCCCCUGAAAUAAGGGCAUAUUCGAAAAAACUACCUGAUAAUCUAAAAACAAACAACAUCUGAUUUUGUUUGUUAACAACCCAAAUUGACCAUAUGUGUACAAAAUAACCAUUGUUCAUUGAUUUCUCUAUAACAUUAAUAACGAUUUUGAUACAAAUCACAAGUUUGUUUUAAGAUGUAAUUGAAUUGAAUGCAUCCAACCAAAAGCCAAUCCUGUAUCGUACCUUUACCCUAAGAAUUAAAUCUUACUUGUGACAAUUCACUUCAAAUAGUUUUGACAGGGUGCCUUUGGAAUAGUGGAUGGGCCUCUGGCAAAAUAUUGACUUGACAGUUGUUGUAUUAUUCCAGUGUUCGUUGGAAGUUUUCUUCUUAAAUAGGGAGGGGGGGUAACCUGAAACAUAGGAAAGUAAAUAGUUUUCCUUGAAUAUUGUUGUGAACAGAGGCAUUAUAUCCAUGUUUUUACAACACGUGUGAUUCAGGAUGUCAUUAUCUCUUAUAGCAAUUUGAUAAUCUCAGUUUGAACAUCAUAAUUCUUACAUCAUUGGGCAUCAUUUGUGUUAAGAAAAAAAUGCAUUUUGAAUAGACUGAAAUGUUUGCAUAAAAGAUGUAGGGAUGUAAAUUUAAAUUAGUGUCAAUGGAGCUUUUUCUCAAAAAGUAGCAGUUGUACCUGGCCACGGUGACCCCCAGUUAAAAACAAUGAUGUUCUUGAUUAUAACAACCCCAGAUCUGCCAAAUGUAAUGUCAUUUGGACAAAAAUAUAAUGACAAAUAUGGAGAAAAUAUAUACAGUCGUAAACAUUGGGCAAAAACCCUCUGUUGGUACUUUUUUUUUAAAUGUCAUCUUGUAUAUUUGAAGGAAUUUUUAGCAGAUAAAUAAAAUUGAAGGGAAACUGUAGGGGUUCAAGAACCCUCUUUUGAGAAAGUAAAGGGUAAAUGAGUGUGCUAAUUUUAAACAAGCAAUUUUAUCACAUUAUUUAUUUAUAAAUUGUGUGGAGUUCAAUGAACUUUGAGUCACCAUUGUAUUAGUUAUGCCUUGUUGAGAUUAAAUUUGAAUUAAAGAAUUUUCAGAAUGUAUAAAGUUGUCGAAGUAUACUUUCUAGUAAGAUUUUAAUUUAUAAUCCAUCUUAAAUUCUAAAUGGUUUCUUUCAUGGAAAACAGUUUAGAAAAUGAUUUUGUUUUUGGAUGAACAAUUUUCCAUUUUUUGUUUGAUGAUGCAACAAUACACAAUGUCCAGGUACAUCAAAAGAACGUGGGAAGACAUUCCUGACUGAUGCCAACUAGUCAAGAUUUAAAUUGUUGCUUUGACUAAUGCCAUUAGUCAAAUCAACGAACGACCUAAAGUGAAGUACUGGACCAAGAUUAAAAGUCGCUGGACUAAUCUAAAAAGUCGCUGGACUAAGCCAAAAUGUUGAUGGACUAAACAUUAGUCGUAUGAGACAUCUUUUUAGUCAAGUCACUGGACUAAUGUAAACUAGUCACAUUUCUGACUAAAUCCUUAGUCAUGCUCAGACUUUUGACUACUUAAAAUUAGUCGUGUCAGACAUGACGCUGGACUAUUUUUUUUUAGUCAAAUUGACUAAUUAAUUUUUAGAGUGUACCACGAUACAGGCAAAUAGACGAUGCCUGCUUUGUCGUCAAAAACGUGAAGGCAUUGAGUGUAUAUUUGAAGGUGAAGACGAUACCCCCGAGUCAGAGAAAGACAUUGAUGCGCAUCACAAUCAGUCCGCAGAGGAUAGCGAAGCAGCUCAUGCAUCGAGACUAGACAGAAAAUGUGCCGUGUGCUUGAGUCUUCUAUGGAACGCCGAUGGGGCAGUAGUCAGUGAAUUUUCUAAUGCGGUUCCGAGGUAUCUUAACAGCCGUCUGUGCGGUAUCCUGUCGUCUCUGUGCAUAAUCCUAUGCCUUGGACUGUCUCUCGUCAUCAUGUUCCUCUACAUCUAUAACUUCUGGGGAAGUAGCGAGAAUCUGACACACUUUGUAUCCUUCAUGACGUAUGUUGUCGUUCUCGCUGGUAUCAGCCUGGUGUGUACGGUAUUUAACGCCAUGUCAUGGACACCAGUGAAAGAUGGUUCCUGGUGUGAGGUGUUUCAUUUGGACUACACAGCAAGGCGGUUGCGCUGCCUGGCUGGUCGCAGAUUCCCGCUACCUGAAGCUUUGUUUCUUUCCCUCAUCAUUGUGUGGGUUUUUGUCAACAACUCAAUGCAGGCAGUGAAUCUUGCCCAAUACCUGACAAAACCAGCCAACGCUACACCCAAAGUCAUCGUCGACAUGCCUCUGAAUGACCCAAUUCCUGGUGAUAUCUUCAGAUUUUUAAAAAACAUAAUGGAUUUCAUCAUUUCGCUGGUUGGGCUUCCGCUGUUCGCUUCAUUUUGGUUCUACAUCUUGGUCAUGCGGAGGGCCCUGGCUGCAGAGUUGAACCUAGUCCUGAUCUUUAUCAAACGCAACGAGGGGAACCUGGUUCAGUGCAGGCGACGCAUUGCCGAGAUUAACCGAGAAUUCGGUCUCCUUCGAGAGGUCCUCGCUGUCCUGGUGCCGUUCGUUAUGGCCUCAUCCGUGCUGGGACUCACCGUCCACAUCACAUGGAACUACGACGUCUACAGCAACCCAAUGAAGAACAUCGCACGGGAGAAUUUACUCAUCAACAUCUUCAUCUUCAGUGAGAAGCUUAUGCUCCUCAUCAUUCCACUUCUCGCCGUUGGGAAUGUCAGCAUCGACUAUGUCUGGUCACAGUUUAUGUACGCCCUCUCGCGGCAGAGAAGUUUCGACAACGAAAAGUUCUGGGAUCAGCUGUUGAGUUAUGCUGUCGAGAUAAACACCGAAUGUAAAGGGCAUCACGUCAUGCUGUUUCUGGCCGUAAUUAGCUUGUACCUUGGUAGGAAUAUCACUGACCAGAAACUUGACUAUCGAGGCAUCGGCCGGGCAUUGUAACUUUGUUUUGAUCUUGGAUCAGCACUAUUAUGGUCAGUAUGGUUUGAGAAUGCAUGACCAACAACGCAGAUGAUGGCUAGGAACUAAAAUGGUGAUGUCCAAGGGAAUUUCUUCUGCCGGAGAUUCGGUCCCCCACAUUUCAAAAGAGGGCGCUACCAGAAGAAGUUUUAUCAUAAUUAUUUUACCAAGGGUACAUAAUCUCCGGGGACAUAAACCUCAACCACAUCGUCCACGGCACCAUUUUGCUAUCAUAGAUCAGCAAUGGUUAGUAGUUUGAGGCACAAGUCACCAAUAACGCAUAUGUGUCGGCUAGAACUCAAAGGGUCACGGUAGUCCAAGGGAAUUCCGUCUGCCGGUGAUUCUGCCCCCCCCCCCCAUAAUUAUGGGAAAUUGACAUGGGGUGGAGGAGGAUGGUUCAAAAGAGGGCGAUAGCAGAAGUAGUUUGCACAUAGUUCGCCAUAUGGGGGAGGGGGCCAGAAUCUCCUGCCACGGCGGUAACAACUGCACACUGAAUAAUGAGAUACGCAUACUUAUAUUAUGGAUACGUCAUGUGUAAAUAAAAUGACAACAAGUAGACAGUUAACACCUUAUAAACCCGAGGUGCAGCUUUACAACGUAUAAAAACUAAGUAGAUGGAAACUUGCUUCGUUGAUAAAGAAUGUAACUUUUGGUUACACAUACACCGAUGUGUGUUAAGCACUGUAUACUCAGUAUCUUCCCGAGCUCGGUGAAAACAAAUAACAUGCCCAA